CGAAAUUGGCCAGGUAUUUUCUUCUUCGGCUUUUCUUUCUCCUUAUUUCUUCUUUUCAUUGUUUUAUCUAUUUAUUUGUUUUUAUUUUUUCAGUUAUUAAUUUAAUUUAAUUUGCCAUUACAGUCUUUAUUUUUUCCAGUAGGCAAUAGCUAUUCUAUUUUCUAGUAAUCAGUAUGCCAUAUCAAUUUUUGAGUCAAAAUACCAUUAAACCCCUGCUUCAAGUGGAGUCCAAAUCCUUUUUACAGUUGCUGAUUAUUGAAAAAAUGAUUUUGAUUCACAUUGAAGUAGGGUGCUUAGGAGAUUUACGAUGAGAUUUAGGACUCUUUUUUUAUAACCAUGGUGCCCGUGCCAGCUAGUGUGCACCUGACUAAUUCCAGGGGAUACUCGGUACCUUCAACCAGAAGCAAGUAACAGGGUUUUGAAAUGGAGGAUACACCUAAAGCAGAAGAUCAGUUGCCUGAGGGGGCCUCAGAAAGCGCGCCUCAAAAGAUACCAGAAAGCCUCGAGGAGAUGCUUUCUAGGCAUAGGAAAGAAAUCUCUCAGCUACAGGACAAAGAAAUUGGUAUGAAAAAGGCGGCCGCUAAAGGCAGCAAAGCUGAACAGAAAGCUAAGAAGAAACAAGUGGACGAAGAAGUAUCUAAACUUUCUGCAAAGCUAAAAGAAAGGCAUGCUGGGGAACUUGCUUCUUUAGGUUACAGUGGUGGUAGUAAUAAUGAUAAUGGGAAGGAAAAAGGGAGUCUUGAUACAUUGGUGAAGGCCAUUGCUGGGGUUUCUGUCAGUAGUCAAAAUGACCAUUCAAAGCCCAGCAAGAGUGUGAAAAGACGUGAGAAAAGAGCUCAACAAGAGGCAGCCAGAGAGCAGAGAAUACAAGAAGAACAGAGUAAUAUCAUAAGUGAUCGGGUUAUUGAGAAUGAAAAGCUAGAAAGAAAGCUUGAGCCCCUUGGAUUGACUGUUAACGAAAUAAAGCCUGAUGGACACUGUCUCUAUCGAGCUGUGGAGAAUCAGUUAGCCAUUCUCACCGGCGGUUCAUCUCCUUAUACAUAUCUUGAACUGCGACAGAUGGUGGCAGCUUACAUGAGGAAACAUGCAACUGACUUUCUCCCUUUUUUCCUCUCUGAGAAUGCAGAAGGGGGAGAAUCAGAUGAUUCUCUGGUGGAAAGAUUCGAGAAUUACUGUAGAGAAGUGGAGUCAACUGCUGCAUGGGGAGGACAACUUGAGCUUGGUGCUCUAACUCACGUCUUAAAUAAACAUAUAAUGAUAUUCUCAGGGUCAUUUCCUGAUGUAGAGAUGGGAAAGGAAUACAAAUCCGGCAGUGGCUCUGGCUAUUCAGCUUCCAGUAUAAUGCUAUCUUACCACAAGCAUGCUUUUGGGCUUGGAGAGCACUAUAACUCACUUAUUCCAAGUUCAGCCUGAUAGGUUUGACUUAUAUUAUGUGGAACAUGAUAGCUCAAUGGAUAUCAUGCUUUACAACAAACCGAUCUAGCAACAGAUCCAUUUGUGUCAUAAGUCACUAGAGUCCAAUGCAUUGUCUUUCUACAAUGCUAUAGGAGGACCAAAUCCUAACGUUAUGGAUUUGGUUUUCUGUUUUGUUAUAACUCAUAUUUCUUUCUUUCGUAUUCCAAAUUAAGAGUUACUGUCUUUUCCGGUA